AUGUAUAGACAAAUACCUUUAACUGUUGCGUUCAGUAGUGAAAACCCUGACGUCAAAAUAAAGGGGAACAGAGUAACGUUUAAGUUUCCAACAGACUGGAUUGUGAACAUAAAUGAAGAGAAGUACAUUGGCAUAACAUCUAUGUAUAUAACACGUGCUUUCAGAAAGGUUGACUUUAUACUUCAAGUCGAGAUAGAAAAUGACGAACAGUCUUUAAGCGCCCAAAACAUUCACAUAUACAAAUACUUUAAAGACGAUACAACAUUGUUGCAAUGUAUGAUUUCAUUUAAUGAGAUGUUCGAGAAAAAGUUCAACAUUGAAGUACAAACUUUACAGCCUUUACGUGAGUUUCUUGCACAACUGAAAGAAGAAGGUAGUCAGCCACAACUUAUAGACUUUCAUUAUGAAUUUAAUGAAAAUGAAGAUGGAACUCAUGACUGUCAAUUCAUUGUAUUCUCACCAUUCAAUGAAGUCGCUAAAAAGAAAGAAAAUCCAUUACGUAUAAGAUUUCAAAUCUCCGAACCAAGUGAUGAUUUUAAGAAUGUUUUCAAUUAUGAUGCAAUGCUUCCGAGGAAAAAUGAAUUUUCAAAGAUU